UGGGCUUUGCAGCUGGAGAAGCACGUGGAGCGGCUGCGGGAGGAGCUGGACCGGGAGCGGCAGGAGCGGAACUACUUCCAGCUGGAGCGGGACGAGGCCCAGGCCUGCUGGGAGCUCACCCGACGGGAGCUGGAGCAGAGGAAGGCCGAGCUGCGCAGCAAGGACCGCCAGAUGGAGGAGGCCGAGGAGAGGCACCAAGUGGAGAUCAAGGUCUACAAGCAGAAGGUGAAGCACUUGUUGCACGAACACCAGGAAAACCUCAGCGAGCUGAAAGCAGAGGGCACCCUGUCCAUGACACGGGCCCAAAAAGUUCACUGGACCCAGGAGAUGGAGCUGUGGAAAGACAUGCGCUCCUUGAAAGUGGAGCUGAAGGAGCAGGAGCUGGCCAGCGAGGUGGUGGUGAAGAACAUGCGCCUGAAACACGAGGAGGAGGUCUCGCGGCUGCGCAGCGACUUUGAGAGACAAGCAAAAGAGAUCGAGGCCAAGUACACCAAGAAGAUGCAAACGCUGCGGGACGAGCUUGACUUGCGGAGGAAGACCGAGAUCCACAAGGUGGAGGAGAUGAAGAACAGCCAGAUCAGCGAGCUGAUGAGGAACCACGAGAAGGCCUUCCAGGAGAUCAAGAACUACUACAACGACAUCACCCAGAAGAACCUGGCUCUCAUCAGCUUGCUGAAGGAGCAGAUAGAGGAGCUGAAGAAGAGAAUCAGUCACUUGGAAAAGGAGAAGGCGGAUGUGCUGCUGGAGAACAAGCAGCUGAAGGAGCCCCUGCAGGAGGCCCAGGAGCAGGUGGCUGAGCUGCAGAAGAAGUUGGCCCACUACAACAUGGACAAGGAGGCCCUGAUGAACACCAAAGCUCAUCUGAAAGUUGCCCAGAAGGAACUGAAGGAUCUUCGGUGGGAACAUGAAGUGCUGGAGCAGAGGUUCAGUAAGGUGCAGGCAGAGCGAGACGAGCUCUACCAGAAGUUCACCAAAGCCAUUAACGAGGUGCAGCAGAAGACGGGUUUCAAGAACCUGCUCCUGGAGCGCAAGCUGAAAGGCCUCCUCAGCCUCCUGGAGAAGAAGGAGGUGGAGCUCAGCGAGGUCUUCGCAGCCUCCAGCCUUGCCCCAGGCGCCCUCUCCUCGGCUUCGCACAAGCUAGAG